AUGCAUCUGCUCCGCCCCGGCGAGCCCCCGACCCAGGCGUCCUGCCCCGGCUGUGACCCCUCCGGUCCCCACCUCCCGCGACCCCUCACGCACACAGCCUCCCCCCAACCCCCCACCCGCACGCACACAGCUGAUAACAGCCCCGACCCCCGGCCGCCGCCGCAGUCCCCGGGCCAACAGUCCCCGGGCCAACCCCGCCGGUCGCCUCGCCGCGCCGUCCUCCGGACCCUGGCCCCGGGCUCUGCGCGCUCUGUCCCGACCCCGCUCGGCGCCCGGGGACCGCGGCCCCCUCGUUCGGCCGGCGGGGCGGCCCUGCCCCGUCGAGCUUCCCGGGAUGCGGGGCCGCGGCGCAGGCACCCGCCGAGCCCCAGGUCGCUGAGGGGCCAGGAGAGGCACGGAGAUGGGGGCGCGCGCUGCCGGUCCAAACUAGCCCUUCUCCUGCGAGAACCCACCUUACCCGCAGCCGGAUUCUCUUUCCUAGACUGUACUCCGCUGCUGCUGCUGCUGCUGUCCUUUCUGCUGUUUCCUCCGGGCCUCCCAGUCCUGGGCGCCCCCCCACGCCUCAUCUGUGACAGCCGAGUCCUGGAGAGGUACAUCCUGGAGGCCAGGGAGGCCGAAAAUGCCACGAUGGGCUGUGUGGAAGGCUGCAGCUUCAAUGAGAAUAUCACUGUCCCAGACACCAAGGUUAACUUCUAUGCCUGGAAGAGGAUGGAGGUCCAGCAACAGGCCCUGGAAGUCUGGCAGGGCCUGGCCCAGCUCUCAGAAGCUAUCCUGCGGGGCCAGGUCCUAUUGGCCAACGCAUCCCAGCCAUGCGAGGCCCUGCGGCUGCAUGUGGACAAAGCUGUCAGCGGCCUCCGCAGUCUCACCUCCCUGCUUCGGGCACUGGGAGCCCAGAAAGAAGCCAUCCCCCUUCCGGAUGCGACCCCUUCCGCAGCCCCACUCCGAACAUUCACUGUUGAUGCUUUGUCCAAGCUUUUCCGAAUCUACUCCAAUUUCCUGCGGGGAAAGCUGACGCUGUAUGCGGGGGAGGCCUGCAGGAGAGGGGACAGGUGACCCGGUGGAUCACCCCGGGCACAUCCACCACCUCGCUCACCAUCACUGCCUGAGCCACGCCUUCCACACCGCCACUCCCAACCCCUGUCGAAGGGCCACCAGCCCAGUGCCAGCCUGUCCCACGGACACUCCAGGGCCAGUGGUGACAUCUCAGGGGCUAGAGGAACUGUCCAGAGCUCAACUCAGAUCUAAGAAUGUCACAGGGCUAGUCUGAGGCCCCAAAGCUGGAGGAAUUCAGAGUUCAACCUAAACUUGGGGGCAGCACCAUGCUGGGGAGACACUGAAAUUCAGCUUGACAUGCUGCCGAGCCGCAAUGCUGGGACAAGCUGGAGGAUGGAUACCUCCUUAUACACGUACCAAGCAGGGACAGGAUGGAUUGGAGAAUUUAGGGGGCAAGACAUGAAUUCUCCGGGUUUCAUGGGGACUCCGUGGCAGCAGAGUCCGCUGGACAAGGAGGGUGGUGGGAGCCAUGAAGAUGGAAUGGGGGCUGGCCCCUGGUUCUCAUUGGGUCCAAGUCUUGUGUAUUUUUCAACCUCACUGGCAAGAACUGAAACCACAAGCUGGCUCUUGGUUUUUCCUAUUUUCCCGGGAGCCCCGUACUUCCCUGGGUCUGUCCCCAUCCUGGCAGUAGGUGGCAGGUCCGGGAAGCCAGAGGUGGAGGGGGUGGGGUGCUACGUGCUGCCUCGCAUGGCCUGUCUGACCUCUUGACCCCAUUGGCCUGAGGCCACAAGCUCUGCCCACGCUGGUCAAUAAGGUGGCUCCAUUCAAGGCUAGUCCUU